AUGACGGAAACGUCUCUUCAGUGUCUGCUCCCAUCUUUACCUCCCAGUAAAGUUCUGAGCCAGGUGUCUCUGCUGAUCUGCAUCACUCAUCAAGCUCGUCUGACCAUCAGUCCCAGCAGAUCUCAGCUGUUUGAAGAAGACUUUGUGUCUCUGAUCUGUGAGGAGGACGACAGCUCUGCUGGAUGGACGGUGAAGAGAAACACGACCAAGAAGACCAGGACUCAGUGUGCUGACUGGGGAGAAGCUGCUGGUUCUUCCUGUAACAUCAGUGUUGUCUUUACAUGGGACUCUGGAGUUUACUGGUGUGAGUCCAGAGAGGGAGCAACCAGUAACAGCAUCACCCUCACUGUCACUGGUGGAUCAGUGAUCCUGCAGAGUCCUGUCCUCCCUGUGAUGGAGGGAGAUGACCUCACUCUGAGCUGUCAAUCAAAGCCUCCCUCCAACCUCCCAGCUGCUUUCUAUAAAGAUGGCUCCCUCAUCAGGACUGAGUCUACAGGUCACAUGACCCUCCACCAUGUUACCAGGUCUGAUGAAGGUCUCUACAGGUGUAGCUUCAGCAGUCAUGGAGAGUCUCCACCCAGCUGGAUCUCUGUCACAGCUCGUCUGACCAUCAGUCCCAGCAGAUCUCAGUUUUUUAAAGGAGUCUCUGUGUCUCUGAUCUGUGAGGACGACAGCUCUGCUGGAUGGAUGGUGAGGAGAAACACGACCCAGAAGACCAGGACUCAGUGUGGAUCUGACUGGGGAGAAGCAGCUGGUUCUUCUUGUAGGAAUGACUACAUUCUCCCACAGGACUCUGGAGUUUACUGGUGUGAGUCCAGAGAGGGAGCAACCAGUAACAGCAUCACCCUCACUGUCACUGGUGGAUCAGUGAUCCUGCAGAGUCCUGUCCUCCCUGUGAUGGAGGGAGAUGACCUCACUCUGAGCUGUCAAUCAAAGCCUCCCUCCAACCUCCCAGCUGCUUUCUAUAAAGAUGGCUCCCUCAUCAGGACUGAGUCUACAGGUCACAUGACCCUCCACCAUGUUACCAGGUCUGAUGAAGGUCUCUACAGGUGUAGCAUCAGCAGUCAUGGAGAGUCUCCACCCAGCUGGAUCUCUGUCACAGGUAAACCUACAACCACAACCACGCCAGUAUCAACAACUCCGCCCACUUCAACAUACCCGCCCGUAUCAACAACUUCGCCCGUAUUAAUGACUCCGCCUACUACAGCAGCUCGUCUGACCAUCAGUCCCAGCAGAUCUCAGUUUUUUGAAGGAGUCUCUGUGUCUCUGAUCUGUGAGGAGGACAGCUCUGCUGGAUGGACGGUGAGGAGAAACAUGACCAAGAAGACCAGGACUCAGUGUGGAUCUGGGUCAGGAAAACUUGCUGGUUCCUCCUGUAACAUCAGCUACAUUCUCCCAUGGGAAACUGGAGUUUACUGGUGUGAGUCCAGAGAGGGAGCAACCAGUAACAGCAUCACCCUCACUGUCACUGGUGGAUCAGUGAUCCUGCAGAGUCCUGUCCUCCCUGUGAUGGAGGGAGAUGACCUCACUCUGAGCUGUCAAUCAAAGUCUCCCUCCAACCUCCCAGCUGCUUUCUAUAAAGAUGGCUCCCUCAUCAGGACUGAGUCUACAGGUCACAUGACCCUCCACCAUGUUACCAGGUCUGAUGAAGGUCUCUACAGGUGUAGCAUCAGCAGUCAUGGAGAGUCUCCACCCAGCUGGAUCUCUGUCACAGGUAAACCUACAACCACAUCCCCACCCGUAUCAACAACUCCGCCUUCUUCAACAUCCCCGCCCUUAUCAACAACUCUGCCUUCUUCAACAUCCCCGCCCUUAUCAACAACUCUGCCUUCUUCAACAUCCCCGCCCCUCUAUUUUGGGUUCAUGCUGCUCCUCCACCUGCUGGUGUUCUGUCCGUACUUCAUCUCCACCCUCCUCAUGGUGUCUUUAUAUCCACACAGAGACACAGGAAGUGACCUGGCCGUCUCCAUGGUGAUGACUCCAUCCACCCAGGCUGAUCAGGGAUUGGCUGAUGACUAUGAUGAUGUCACCACAGAGCAUCAUCUAAACUGAGCUGAACAUCUCAUCUCUCUCUUCUCCUGAUGUUCUUCU